AUGUGGCCCGCGAAAGCAAAUCAUGUGUGUCAACUUCCAUUGAUUCUUGCUAAAAUCUGUUCCAAAUUUUUGAAUAAUAUUCAUAUGUAAUAAAUAGUAAUGAACUAUUGUAAGCAUGUUUUGCCUCCAAACCCCUUUUACAGUUACUUGAACAAUAUAUGAACAAACCAUUAUCCUUGACUUCUAAUUUCAAAACUAGUUAUCUAUCAAUUUGUUGUCUUUGUGUAAUAAUAUGAUGAGGCGAUUAAACAUUGAUAUGGUUUUACAAUCAUAAUGGCCUUCUGAGGAAAACCGUAUCGACAAUGUGGCCUGCGACAAAAAAUAGUUUGACACCCCCGCUCUAGAGAAUAAAAAGGACAUAAUCAGUCUUCAUGAGUCAACAUGAUUUAUGGAAAAUAGUUCAAUAGCAGGAGCAAAUAUGGGCAGCAUGUGGUUAUAUAGUUUACUAGAAUUAAAUGCUGGAACAGAUAGCUAGACGGAUGAACCACGACCUGAAUGACCGAGAAUCUACACAUUUUUUUUACCAAGCAGGUUGGUAGUUUUGGUUGAUAUCAAGACCGUUAAAAAUGACUUAUACAACUAUGCUAUUGUGUUAACGAUUUAAAUUUAUGUUGAAUUGUAGAUAAGUCCUUCUGAUUGUGUUUAGGCCAGCAGAGAAGGCCUUGAUGGCCCUGACCUAACACUGGUCAAAAGUGAGCCAAUUUCAACGUUAUUCUUGUUCUUGAUGGUUUACAUUUACCUAGUAUAACCGAUGACAUAAAGCAGUAACUUGUUUGUAGAUGAACACCUGUCAUUACAAGGUGAGGCUCCCUCAGGUAAAAGCUGCUCUCAGGAUGUUCACUACAAGCUGAUUGGCGCAGGGGGGGCGUCUGCUGCUCGUCUACUUAAGUCCAAAAGUCUGAAUCAUCAUCAGCCAUCCAUGCUUCUGAGACGUUAGUCAGCUGCUGUUUCGCAACCAUGGACGUGGAGUUGGUCGAAUCCAUCGUCCGAGCGCUCGCGUUCCUGGCAGGGAUCAUUGGUAACAACUGCGUGGCCAUCAGCUCCAUCCCCUCCAAGACAUCUGGCAUUUGCGCCAACGAGACGCUCUUCAUCAACUUUGCGGUCUCCAACCUCAUCACCAACUACCUGGUGGACCUUCCCGACGCCAUCGCCGACCGCUGGUUCCUGGGUGAGGCCUACUGCAGCAUUUUACGCUUCUGCGCCGACCUGUCGGAGACAAGCAGCAUCUUCACCACCUUCUUCAUCAGCACCUUCUGGCACCAGAAGCCGGUGGGCUCCCUGAAGCGGGGAGGCGCCCCCAUCAAGAUGGACAAGGUUGGCCUGGUGCUGAGCCUUCUGGCCGACAGCUGGGCCACAGCUUUGGCCUUCAGCGUGCCGCACUUCUUCUUCGUGAGCGUGGAGGCGACCAUCGAGAGCGAGGAGGACUGCGUGGACGUCUUCCCGGAUGCCAUCUCCAGAUGGACCUACGACAUCAUCUACCUGAUGCUGGCCAACGCCCUGCCUCUCGCCGGGAUGCUGUUCACCAGCGGUCAGAUCGUGGUGACGUUGCUGAAGAACCAGCAGUGCAUCCGAACACCGUUUACAGGCCCAGCGCCGCCUCGCCGACCCCCCGUCUACACGAGGGUGCCCGCCCCCGCUGCCUCCGGAGCUCCGCCCGGGCCCUCCAAGCCCGGCCAGGUGCGCUCGGGGAAGCCCAACUCCAGCUCCCAGGUGCGGGUGGCCAAAAGUGUGGUGGCGGUGGCCAGCGUGUUCCUGGUGUGCUGGCUGACUCAUCUGCUGCUGCGUAUCACCAACAACUUCCACACCUCCUCGCUGGUGGUGGAGGUGGCCAGCUACAUCGCCGCCUCCUACACCUGCACAAUGCCUUACAUAUUCCUGCACGGAGUCAAAAAGCUCACAUGCCCGUGCAAAAAAUACAGGGGGCGGGGGGGGAGAAAUAAGCAGUUAGACUGCAUCUCAACUGCAGCUCUGGUUCACAAUGUCUUUAUUCUAAUGUCCCUUAGUCAUCGUUUCGAUUCUUGCAAAGGGAACAGAGUAAAAUUAAAUCAAAUUAAGAUCUGAUCAAGUGAAACUGGAUUAUUUCCCACACACAGCGCACUGGUAGAGGAUCACUGAGGUAGGGGUCAAGGCUAAAACUACACAAUGGACAGGGAUACAAAUAUUGAUCUUUAUUUUAGGCUGUGGAUGAACUAUUAAGAUGGGAAUAGCAAGAAAUCACUAGAAGGUGCAAUUCCUGGAGAAAUUGCGUGUGAAUGCUGCAAUGUUGAUUGAAAUCAUGCGCUUGAAUGAGCUGAACAUGUAGAAGUUGGAACAGUGGGAAUCGGUUGAGAAAUAAGAAAACUAGCUAAAAAUUCAGUAUUUGUCUUAUUGUGGCUAAAAUGCGGGUAUUUUAGUGUUGCACAGUGCAGAAUGUGGAAAUUGUAGUAAGUGGAAUGAUGUGAAUUGGUGAAGAAAUGUAGAAGCAGGAGGGAAGAAGGCAUAAUAGAGUGGAAUGGGGGAGAAUGUGGGUGUUUUAACAGUAAAAUGUGGGUGAAAAUUGGGGAAUAUGGGUAAUAUGGGAUUGUGGGGAAUACGGGAAUGUGUGUUGAAGAACGUCUGAAUGAGCUGAAUAAAAAGUGAAAAGAGAAAGAGAAUGAUGUGCAAGUAUUUUGUUGAAAGUGUCAUUGGGAAUGAAUGGGAAUUCUUUGGGUGUAAAAUGUGGAAUUGUGGGUAAUGUUGCGGCUUAGAUGAGUAAUAGCACGCGUCGCGUGAAUUUUUCAAACAUGUCGAAGAUGGAACGGAGUGAAUCGGAUGUAAAAUGGCGAAGGAGAAGCCCGCGGCGGAAUAAUAAAAAUAAAGGUAGAAUAACAUAUGUGUGACUGGUUGAGCAUUCACACAAUUAUGGAGAGGCAUUUAAAAAGACCAGUGAUUCUGUAAGUGUGCUACGAGUACCAAUAGUGCUACGCAGGCUUCCCCUAGCGGUAAACUGAAGAAUCACUCAAUUAAAUGUUCAACGUUUGCAUAA